UGCUACGCUGUGUCAGACUUGCAUUUUGACAUUCACGAGCUUCUCACCUGACUGGGUUCAUUGCAGAGAAAGAGAGGCGGGCUUUUAUGAAGAGAAAACGAGAGAGAGAGAGAGGGGGGGGUGUGGGGGGGAGACGGUAAAGAUUGUGGCAUGGCAUCUGAGGAGGAAUGGUGAGGAGAGAGCUACGUAGCUGUGAGGGGAAUGGAAUUCCUGUUGCAAAUGUCUGUUGACAGCAGAAAUUGAUAUUUCACGGCUCAACAGCUGAAGGGCAGUCAAGAGAGAAAAAAAAAAAAAAGACAUUGAUUGACGUCGACAGUGCAGUAGCAGUCGAUUUUGAUUUGAAAGCAUGAGCAGCGGGGAGGAUGUCAAUAAGUGUGAUGAUGUGGAGGACUACAUGGCAGACAUCAGCCUCUUUGUUAAAGAAGAUGUCACAGCUAUGGCUUCCAAGAAGCAGAAGGCAGCGUUUUUGUCUCCCAGUGGUGCUGCUUUGAAGAGUACACCAAGUGCUCGAGCCGGGAAUAAGCGUCAGAGGAAAGCACAGCAACGGCAGGAGAAACAGGCGAAGGAACAGUUAACAGAGGACAGCCUGCGGAACGAGGGACUCGCGGCCGAGAUUCCGUCGUCAAAUAUCGGGUUCAAGAUGUUGCAACGCAUGGGUUACCAGCGAGGCGAGGCGCUUGGGAAAACUAAGCAAGGACAAGUGGAGCCUGUCGCAGUGGAGGUGAAGAGGGGCCGCAUGGGGUUAGGGAGGGAGGAGGAGGAGAAACGGCGCAAGGCGGAAAAAGAAGUGUGGGCGGAACAGAAAAGGAGCAUGCAGAUUGACAAGCAAAGAGAAAUGGGAACGGCGUAUAAAGAACGAGCGCGGGAGCAGUGGGAGAAUCGACGAAUUGCACAAGAUGUUGGGAAAUGCAGGGGAGCGUUAGCACAACUUAGAGGGGAGGAUGAUAUCUUACUCCCGAAGAAAGAAGUAUCGAAGAAGGACACACAGAAGAAGGGGGAAGAGAGAUACCACCAGAAGCAGAGAGGCAGAUUCGACCGCAAGAACGCAGUUUCGUCGGUCUCCCCGCACAAAAAGAAAGAAUUGCAACUGAUGUCGUUGAAAAAGUCUGUCUGCAGUCCGCUUUCCGCAAUGCACGCAGACGAUUCCGAUGCAGAGGAGGCGGCGGAAUUGCUGGGAGUAAGUGAAGAGGGAAACACUGAUGAAGAGGAGGAGGAGGACGAAGAGGAAAUUUCCUUGGAGGUCCUGAACGAUCUGCUGGAUACGCUGCGGGCAGAAUUCCACUUUUGUAUCUAUUGUGGUGUCCAGUAUCGCUCCGAGAGCGAGCUUCAGGAGGAGUGUCCUGGGCGAGAUGCAGAUGCACAUUGAGAGUAUUGGGAAGCACAGACACCUGAAGAGAGUCGACUUCUUGGGUGGUCUCUGAGAAUCUCAACCAUUCAUCAGGCAUCUCCAAGGCAAAUUGAUCUUGCAGUGGGCCCAUGUUCUGCCAUCAAACAUUCACUGGUGUCGAGGGAGCUAUCAAAGGAACCACCAAUCACAUCGAGGCUUGGUUGGGACUGAUGUGAGGCAGUGUGUGGCUGAUCUUAGGGGUUCUUCUGUCGAUCGCACCAAUUUUGCUGGCACUGAUGUUCCUUGAACGAAUGUGGUGGCCGGGACGGAUGUGAGGCAGUCUGGGGCUGAUGUGCCUGGAAUUGCAUGGCUGCUGGGACCGUUGCGGCCGGGACUGACGUGGCUGGACCUGAUGUGGGUGGGACUCUUGUGAGGUAGUUUUUUGGGACUAUUGUGCCUGGAACUGCAUGGUUGGAAGUUGGAACAGAUGUCGGUGGGACUGGCGUGGCUGGAUCUGAUGUGUCUGGGACUGAGCGCCACGAAGCGGCGCGCCUGCCCCCGAAUCGGUGUGGCUGGGAGCUGGGAAUGAUGUUAGGUUUGUCUGGGACUGACAUUGAGGCUUGGCGAGGACAAGAACCAAGGCUGCAAUGCGCGGUAAGUGUUGUCAUGUGCAUGCACACAUCCACAGAACAUCUACAGAACUAUACAUAAGAGAGAACAUAUACACUUAUCUUCUAGUUGAUGCAGAGGCGUUGAACGCAAGAUAGGGAACACCGCAAAAGAUCUUGCAAUGUAAUACACAGACAAGUGGGCGAAUGCAGAGACAUUGCAGACAAGAGAUCGCAGGCAGGAAACCAGACUCGAAUCGCCGAAUGGUGCUUUACUUGAUCAGACCUCUUCGAUCCUUGAUGCCUUACUUGACCCCGCCGUCCUGGAGGGUCACAAAUGUCGACGUGACCGAACUUCACCGAAGUAACAUAUAGAGCAGCAUACGCACACCGCGACUUCAGUAGGCUUAUUGGGUAACAAUGAGGGCCACGUUUUAUUCCAAAAAGGCGCAGCAUGACUACUCGCUCAUUGGGAUGGUGAGUAUUCUGUUAGUACUCCCUUGAAUCGCGAGUGCAUUGCCCAGGCAAACUUGAGAAUCGAAAUCGAGCCAACCCGAGA